AUGCAACGGCUAGCGGGGCACCCGAACGUGGUGCAGCUGCGCGGAGUAUUGGAGGACGAGCGCGCCGUGCACGUGCUGAUGGAGCUAUGCGAGGGCGGAGAGCUGUUCGAUCAUCUGCAGCGCAGCCGCCGGCUGUCGGAGCGCGAGGCGGCGUUCGCGUUCCGCGACCUCGUGCUCGCCGUCGCGUUUUGUCACUCGCAGGGCGUGCUGCACCGCGACUUGAAGCCGGAGAAUAUCUUGCUCGACACGUCGCCCGCCGCCGCUGCCGCCGCCGCCGCAACCGCCGGCGGCAGCGGCAGCGGCUCUGCGCGUGGUGGUGGUGGCGGUGCGGGGCUGUCAGGAGGAAGUGGGUUCGUUUCCAGCCCUGCUCCCGCCACCGCGCCUGGUUCGGCGGCUGCUGGCGGAAUUGGCGGUUCGGCGCCAGGGGAGCAGCUGGCGCAGGAGAAGCGCGCGCGCCUUUCGAGCCACGUGGGCGCGAGUCGCAGCAGCGAGGCGGCCAUGGGGGAUGCCGCCGCAGGUCACGCGGGCGAACCAGUCCCGUGCGCUGACACAAGGCGCGCGGAAGGGCAGCUGGCGCAGGGGCAACUGGCGGAAGAGGAGCUGGCGCAAGGGCAAGUGGCGCGAGCGGAAAGAAGCGCGCGAGUUUCAUCUACCCCCCCUCGGUCCCCGUCCCCCCUCCCGUCCUCUCCCCCUCUCGCCUCGGGGUGCCAAUCCCCCCUCGCGCUUCCGCUAGCUGCGCUUCUGCCGUCCGCGUCCCCCGCUACCAUCACGCUCUCUACAUUCACGCCGCUGCCGCCCAUGGAGGAGCUCACUCUGCCGCCCGCCGCCGCGUCUGCCGCCGCGUCUGCCGCCAACGCGGCCGUGCAAGGCGGCGGCGGGGCCUUCUCUUGCUCCAUUGCUGCUGCCGCCACUGGCGGCGUGGGUGGCGCUGGCGACGUUGACGGGACGGGUGGUGGUGGUGGUGCUGCUGCUGCUGCGGCGUCUGCUGCAGGCGCCGAGGACGUGCGGACGCCGGUGAAGAGCUUCGACGCACAUGCGAAUGAGGCGGCGAGGAGCGUGCUGCCGUCGCCCAUCAAGGCACACGACGCUGCUGCCGCCUCUCCUGCCGCCGCGAGCGCUGCUGCUGCUGCUGUUGCUAUGGUCAGCAGCCCGUGUGGAAAGGAGGCGACUGUUGUUGGAGUACCAGUUGGAGUGGAAUUAGGAUCGGCGAUGGAUGUGGAUGUGGAUGGGGAUGGGGAUGGAGGCAGCAGCGUGGUGGUGCCAUCGGCAACGCGGUCAUUGAAUGUGGCGCAGGGAGCAGCGCUGCCGUCGCCCAUCAGGCCGUUGACUGCGCAGCAGGCACAACAGCGGCAGCAGCAGCAGCAGCAAGCGCAAAUGCUGCCGUCGCCAAUUAAACCGAUGGAUUUGUCCAUGCUGUCACCUUUGAAACCCUUCAGUCCCACUGCUGCCGCCGCUGCUGCUGCUGCUGCUGCUGCUGCUGCUGCGAGUUCUGCUCCUGCUGGUGCUGGUGCUGCUUCUAAAGGUGGUUCGUCUGGUGCUGGUGCUGGCGGUGCUGGCGACGGCGUGAGUGGCGGCAGAAAGCUGUCGAGGCUGUUUGUAGCGCGAGCCAUCUUCGCCCCCACUGCUCCCUCCGCACAACCCUCUCCUGCCUCAACCCGUUCCGCGGCCCCCAGUUGCUCGCCGUUCCUCGCGCCUGCUCCUGCCGCCGUUUCUGCCCAUGUUCUCUCUGCAAGCCCCUGUGCGCCCCACUCCCUCGCUCUGCUUUCCUCCAAUUCACCCGCCUCUGCAUCUGCCUCUGCCUCUGCUGCUGCCGCUGCCGCUGCUUCUGCUUCUGCCUCGCCCUUUCCAGUUGCGCCCUCCCCCGCGUCCCUACCGCCUGCCUUAUCCGCCAUUCCCACCGUUCUGAACCUGCCCGCACUGCCACCCACUCCUCAGUCUCCUCCAGCUCUCCCCCAUCCCGCUCCCCUCCCCCAAGCCCCUCUCCCUCAUGCGCCUGCCCCCCACGCUGCAGUGUUCACGCCUCCUUCUUCCCCCUCCCCUGGUGUCCGGUCCGCCCCCUUCUCUUUCACCCCCUUCCCCUCCUCCCCUCUCCCUUCCAAGCCUCCUGCGCACACCCACACUCCAUUCCACACCUACACCCUCCCCCGCAACCACCCUCAUACUCACACCCUCCCUCACACCCCCCUCUCCUCCCACCCACCAGCCAGUCCCCUGUCCCACCCUCGACCUUACCCCCUCGCCUUCUCCUCCCCGUCCUCAGCCCCGUCAUCCCCCUGCCACGUCAUCUCCUCCUCCCCCUUCUCCCCCGCGCCCCCUCGCCCUACCUGGAGGGUCAAGCUAGCCGACUUUGGGCUCUCGGUGCGGCUCAAGGCAGGGCAGAGCGUGGUGGGGCCUGCAGGCUCGCCAAUAUACAUGGCUCCAGAGGUUAUCUCCGGGUCGUAUGGUUUUCCUGCGGACGUGUGGUCGCUAGGAGUGAUUCUGUACUCGUUAUUGGCAGGCUACCCGCCGUUCUGGGGCCCGAAUACUGAUGCUAUUUUUGCGUCGGUCAGGGCGUACUCCGAUGCUGCUAAUGCUGCCACUGCCGCCGCUGCUGCUGCUGCUGCGGCGGCGGCUGCUGGGGCUGCUGCUGGUGGUGGGCUGAUGAGUCCUGCUCCGAGAGGAGCAGGCAUGCAAUACAACCCUGCUCACACUCACAAUCUCAACCACACCAACCACAGCAACCACAGCAGCCCGUUCACGCACGGCCGUGUCCUCGGCAGCCCUGCACGCAGCCCCUGCCCCUGCCCCUCGCGCUGCCACGGCCGAGCAGCCCACUCUGCUGCAACCGCUGCCGCUGCCCUCGCUGCUGCCACCGCAGCAACAGCAACAGCAGCAGCAGCAGCAGCAGCAACUGCACCGCCCGCUGUAGCCAGCAACCCGCGACCUGCUGCCUCCUCCUCCUCCUCCGCCUCUGCCUCUGCAUGUACAUCCACACCUGCAUCUGCAUCAGCACCUGCAACACUCUCCUCCUCCUCCUCCCCUUUGGAUUUCUCCUCUGCGCCCUGGCCGAGCGUGUCUACGGAGGCCAAGUCGCUCGUGCGCUGCCUGCUCAACCCGUGCCCUGGUCGCCGCCCCACAGUGGACCGCAUUCUCACGCACCCCUGGCUGCUCUACCACACGCAGGGGGGACGAAUCGUCAGGCGCCUCGUCCGACCUGGCACUCCUGUGGGCUCGCGCACUCCCGGUGCUGCUGCUGCUGCUGCUGCUGCUGGUCCUGGUGGUGCUGGUGCUGGUGCUGCUGCUGCUGCUGGUUCAUGGUCGCUUCCGGCUUCGCCAGUCACGGUCUCUCUUGCUGCUCCUGCGCCGGUCGGAGCAGCAGCAGCAGCAGCAGCAGCAGCAGCAGCAGCAUCUGCUGAUGCUACGUGUGUGACGGGGGCUUUCUCACCUGCUCCUGAUCCUGGCGCUCCUACUCCUCCUCCUCCUCCGCCUCCUCCUCCUCCUUCUCACCUGCAAAGCUCCUCUCCAUGGCCUUUUCCCAGGGUCGCUCUUUUUCAGCAGGCAGGCGUGAGAGAUGCGGGGGAUUCCGCCUGUGUUUCUGUGGGGCAUGGUGGGAGUCAGCAGGGCGGGAACCAGCAGCAGCAGUUUGGGAAUAAUCAGGCGCCCUCCUCCGCGCGGCGCACGCUCACAGGCAGCCGCCUGAGGCGCGGCGCUCACCCUCUUUUUCGCGACAUCUUUGCCGGCCUCUCCCCCUCUGCCUCCUCCGCCCCGCCCUCCCCUGCGCCCAUGUCGCCUGCCACCACAUCGCCUGCUCCUCCUGCGUCUGCGCCUGCGUCCGCGGGGACCGCUCCUAUGGUGGCACUGUCUCAUGUUGUGGCUGGUGGGGCAGGCGGGAGAUUGCCUGCGGAGGUAACUUCUCCUGGGAUGGUUGGUGCUGGUGUGAGCACCGGCAGUGGCUGCAGCAGUAGUGGUGGUAGUGGCAGUGGCAGUGGCAGUGGCAUUGGCAGCGGCAGUGGCAGUGGUUGUGGCAAUGCAGGCAGCUCUCACUGUGUUGGCUCGAGCAGGCUUGCAGCAUUACCAGUUCCACCAGCAGCGCAUGAAAAAGCAGCGGCAGCGGCAGCAGCAGCAGCAGCAGGCGGAGAAGCAGCAGCAGCAGCAUCGACAGCAGCAGAAGUUGCAUUCUACCCGCUGCCGUCCCUCUCCUUGGACCAGCCGCUGCUGGCAGAAGCAGCAGCCAUUCCGCCUGUCAGUAACCAGGCCCCUGCGGGCUGUAAAGGUCCUCUGGAGUCCCUCGCGGGGUCUGUUGCACAAGGGCUGCUGGUGACGCACGGGCAGCAGGGGGGGAAUAGGGAGAAGGAAGAGGCAUCAUCGCCGCGUGAACGCAAGGAGACGGGUGCAUUGACCAUGCAAGCUUUUACACCUGCAGACUUGCAUGCUGCUGCUGUUAGUGGUGGUGGUGAAGGUGGUCGUGGCAGCAUGGGAGCUCUAAUAUCCAGACUCUGGUUCCUCAUGUUCCCGGCGAAGGAGUAUAAGAUUGUGGUUGUCGGUUUGGACAACGCUGGUAAGACGACAACGCUUUACAAGCUACAUCUGGGCGAGGUCGUGGUGACACAACCUACGGUCGGGAGUAAUGUGGAGGAACUCGUCUAUAAAAACAUACGAUUCGAGGUAUGGGAUCUAGGAGGGCAAGAGCGACUACGACCAUCCUGGGCCACCUACUACAGAGGAACACACGCAGUGGUGAUGGUAGUUGACUCAACAGACCGAGGCCGCAUUGGCGUGACCAAGGAUGAGCUGUUUCGCUUGCUGGGGCAUGAAGAUUUAGCUCAUGCGGUCAUUCUCGUCUUUGCCAACAAGCAGGACCUGAAGGAGGCCAUGACGCCAGCAGAAAUAAGUGAAGCUCUGGCUCUUCAUCUUAUCAAGAAUCACGACUGGCAUAUUCAGGCAUGCUGUGCACUAACAGGGGAGGGCCUGUUUGAAGGGCUUGGGUGGAUUGCACAACAUGUAACAGCCAUGUCGCAUCCUUUCACACCUGGGAGGCCUAACAAGGCCCGAGCGGCCCUCCCGCCGAAAUCUACUCCCACGGACCGCCUCAAGGCUGCUCGUCAGCGCUCGCUUCUACGCAGCGAAAUGGGCGUGCUGCGCUCCCGACAGAAGCGAAAUGCGUCACGCCCCUUCGCUUCCCCUGGCAGCGCGCUACCUUCCUCUUCCGCAGGGGCGUCCGGAUCGUCAGCCAUGAAGCGAUGGUUGCAGCAGGAGCGCGGUAGCGGCGGCAGGCGCGCGUUGAUCGCGGGGAGCUUAGGCGAAGAUGCGGGCAGCACGAUGGGCGACGACGCCCCAUGCUUGGCUGACGUGGACAUGGUCGACGGGGAGGAGGUCGAAAGAGGCGCGGGAGGUGCGGCGGAGGAGGGUAGCGGGGAGGGUCUUAACGAAGGCGCGAGGAAGCGACGACGACUGGACGGGCGACAGGAAGGAAACUCGGAGGGCAGUAACAGGAGGGACAGCAUUGUGCGGAGACUAUGGCCUGGCAGCGGCGGGGAGGAUCGGACGGGAGGGAUGGUGGAGGAAGACGCGCGGCGGUGGUUGGCGGAGCUGAAGCGGACGGAGCGGAGACUGCCGGCCGCGCUUCGGCACCGACCCCAGGAGAUGCUGGAGUGGGUCGCGGAGCGGCACGGGGCCGGCGGACAGGUCGGGUCGCUGGCGUAUUUCCGGCGGCGGCUGCGCAUGUGGCGGUUCUUGGAGUUUCUGAGCGAUUAUCCCGCGGAGGCGAGAGGGGUGGAGUGCGUUGAGGCGUGCGAGCUGCCGACGUACUUCCGGUCCGUGGAGGGCGGCGAGCGCAGGCAGCUCGCGAUCCCGCUCUCGCGCAUGCUGCAGCAGCAGCGCCAGCUCGCGCUGCUCCGCGAGAGGGACGCGCAGGGGCGGGGCGAGGAUGCGGGAUGGUCGCAGGCGCUGGUGGUGGCAGGCGAGGGGGGAGGAACAGGCGCAGGGGGAGGCGGUGGGCGGAUGGGAUCGGGGCGGAAAGGGGCGGGACGGGGAGGGCGGAGUAGCAAAGGUCAGCGGGAAAAGACCCCAGCUUCCCUGCAGAAACAGCAACCACAGGCAGCAGCAGCAACAGCUGAAACAGAAGCAGGGCAAGAGGGCCGAGGCAUGUGGUAUGGCGGCACGGGGCGGGCGGUGGGGCUGGGCACAGCAGCGGAAGAGGCUCGGAUGUUUGCCCCGGUGCCAGUGUCAGCAGACGAGGUGGUCUGCAACGCGCCUGGGUGCCCGUGGGGUGUGCCGGUGGUGGCUCAGACAUGGUUGAAAUGCGAGAAGCACUGGGACAAGGUGCAUGGUGGCGGGGAGAGUGGCAUGGGCGUGGUGCAGACGAGGAGAGAGGUGCUGGCGGAGAAGCUGGUGGAUGCUCGCACGGAAUGGGAGUGGGCCACACACGAGAGCAGAGACCACGUGCGGCUGCUGACGGGCAUACAGCAGGUGGCAUCGGAGCGAGUGGCGCUGCUGGGUCGUGUGGACGCGCGGGCAGCCUCAGCGCUCAUAGGCCUGCUGGACCCAAGCCAGCUGAGAGAGAUAGCCACUAGGAUAACCCGCGCCAUAGUCCCGCCAUGGGCUAUGUCAACCACGGCGCCCCGCCAGCGCACAUUCACGGCAAGCUCGGCUGCCUCCGAUCCUCGCCUUGCAGCUAGCGAUUCCGCCUUCAUGUCGGGCCGCUUAGGGAUCUCCGCGCGACUCCUGGAACCGCGCGGAUCAACCUCGGCGCACAAGCACGCGUCGCAGGCGAUCGGCGUCACCGGCUCCCCGGGUUUCGCGGUGCCGGCGGGCGCGAGAACCGGGAAAGCCCGCGCGUUGGUGGUAGUGUCCGCGGCGUUCGCGAAAAAGGUGAAGGUCGGGGCGGGGAGGCUCAAAUGGUCCCCGAUGCGGCGAGACGGCGAGAACGUGCAACCUAAAAGCGUUUCGCAGAGGCGGUGGGAGGUGCUUAUGUCGGAGCUGCUUGCAGCGGGGAAGCGGCGGAGGGUCGGCGCGGCGGCGGACGGGCGCCUGGUGGCGGAGAUCAUGGCGGACGCGCGCGCGGCGGGGUGGGUGCAGCGGACGGAUGUGGUGGGGGCGUUGGUGCGCCUGCAUCAGCUGCGCAUGUGGCACGCGGUCGUUGAGCUGUUCGACUGGCUGCAGGCCCCCGAGCAGCGCGCGUCGGGGUGGUGGCGCAUGUCGGAGCGCGACUAUGCCAUGCUCAUCACCGCCGCCGCGCGCUGCCACCAACUCCCGCGCGCGGAGCAGGCGCUGCGCGACCUGAUGAACGAGCCCGCGGAGGCGGAGGUCGCGGAUGGGGGCGCGGGGAAGAACGGGGCGGCGGAAGGGAAGGGCGCGGGGAGGCGCAUGGAGCCGAACACGGUGGUGAUGACGGGGAUGGUGGAGGCAUACGCGCGCAACGGGCAGCUGGAGCAGGCGGAAGCCGUGGUGCGGCGCAUGGAGAGCAAGGGCCCCGCGCCAUCCGCGCUCACGUACCAGUGCCUGCUCAAGGGCUACGCUUCGGCGGGCCGUGUGGAGGACGUGGAGCGCAUUUUCGAGGAGCUGCUGCUGCGCAGCGGACAGGGGCCUGUGGAGGAACGGGCGGAGGGGGAGGCGGAAGAGACAGAGGGGGAGAAGUUGGACGUGGGGCAUGUGGGGAAGGAAGCAUCAGCAGCGGCAGCAGCAGCAGGAGCAGGGGAGAGAGCAGCAGCAGCAGCACCAGGAGCAGCUGCAGCGGAGGCGGGGGCAGUGCGGGUGGACGAGCGCAUGUUCAACGUGGUGAUAGACUGCUACGCGCGCGCGCGGCGGGCGGAGGACGCGUCGCGCGCGUACCGGCGCAUGAAGGCGCUGGACGUGGCGCCGUCGCCCGCCACGUUCAACACGCUCAUGGCCAUGUUCGCCCGCGAGGCGCGCAGCCGCGAGGCCGAGGCUGUUCUCAAACAGAUGCAAGCGGCGGGCAUGCGGCCGGACGUGGUGACGUACACGGCGCUGAUGAGUGCGUACGGGCGUGCGGGCCGGGCGGAGGAGGCGCAGGCUGUGUUCCGCGACAUGGUCAUGUGCCGCAUCCGCCCCACAGGCAUCUCGUACACGGCGCUGAUAGACGCAUACGGGCGCGCAGGCGACGUGGACAACGCCGAGUUCCUCUUCAAGGAGAUGAAACGCAACCGCAACCUGCCAUCAGAGGCGGCGGCUCACUCGUGUGCGGGCAGCAUGGAGCGCGCAGAGCAGCUGCUGCGCCAAAUGUGGCGGUGGGACGCCCACCUCCCCGCCUGUCUGUCUUCCCCCUGUCUCUUCUUCACUCCUCUCCCCGCCUCCUUCCCGCUUUCUCUCUCCCCCGGUAAUUGCUCCUCCCCUCUCCCUACCAGCAACCUGCCAUCAGAGGCGACGUUCAACGCGCUGCUGGCGGCUCACUCGCGAGCGGGCAGCAUGGAGCGCGCAGAGCAGCUGCUGCGCCAGAUGUGGUGGGACGCGCAGGACCGCGGCGAGGCACCCUUCCCAGGAACAGCAGCAGCAGCAGCAGCAGCAGCGGCAGGAGCAGCAGGAGGAGGAGGGGGAAGCAUGGAGGAAGGGCAAGGGAACACGCUACUUGCAAAGGAGUCCUGGUCUGGAGGAGAAGGUGCCGCGGACACGGGGGCGGGGACACGGGGGAAGACAGGGGGCCGGUGGGGGGUGGAGUUUGGCGAUGGGGGGCGCGUGAGUCCGAGCGCGAGCACGUUCAACAUCAUGAUGAACGGGUACCGGCGCGAAGGGGACCUGAGCAAGGUGGUGAGCACGUUUGAACGAAUGCUGGAGGCCGGGAUUGACCCGACUGUCGUGUCGUACUCUGUGCUGAUUUCGGCGCACGGGGACUGCGGGGAUUUCGACGGGGCGGUUGCUGCGUUCAGGGAGAUGGUGGAGGAGGCGGGUAUGCGGCCGGAUAAGGGCGUGAGAACCGCGCUGCUGCACGCGUGUGAGGUGGGAGAUGGGGAGGAGGAAGGGGGGGAGGGGGAUGAGGAUGGGGAGGGAGGGUGGGAGAGUGUGGUGAGGGCGAGGAAGGAGGAGGUGCAGCGGCUGCUGGCGCCGUAUUUCGCGGCGGAGAGCUGGGGGGAGGAGGGUUUGGAGGCAGAGGAGGAUGAUGAGUGGAUGGCUUAG